ACUCUGGUAAAUCAAUAAAAUUUCGGAAAUAUAGAGGAACUAUAUAUCUAUUCAAUUUAAAUUUAAGCUGUAAAGUAAUACAAAUUAUUAAUUCUUGCGGUUUCGAGAGCAGUGCAUCUAACAAGAGGUUAAAAAUGGAAAACAACACCAAAAGUUCUGCAUUUACGACUGGACCUUCUCACUCUUUGAAGCAAACACAGCAAAAGAUACUCGAAGCUAGGGACAAACUGGAAAAAUUGAAGAUUAAAGGAGUACAGGAAGCCGUUCGUCUUCCUCCCUACCUAAAUGUAGGACAAGCAUUUCCACCAAUAUUCUGUCCAGUACCUCCUUCUAUGUUUUAUGCCACAGCUCCAAGCCAUCAUGAUUCACAAGGUUUAGGUCAAUCCUAUAUACCUUAUGGUCAACCAAAAAGUCAGACAAACUACCAUCCAGUAUUUAAUCCAAUACCGGCUGUUGUACCUAUUCAAAUUGCUCCUGCGGCUGGUCAUGUCCCUGCGUAUGUGCCUCCGGUUUUUCCUCAAGCUAUUAUACCUGAACCAUCAUAUGCUGAGAAGGAGAAAGAGGAGGAACUUCCUGUCUUAAAGCUCACUUCCGAGGAUUUGUUAGAUAAUGUCAAAAACGUCGAAGAAAAGACUUUUCACGUUAAUAUAGGUGACAAAGAAGGAUCUCACGUUGCUAUACCAGUAACUGAAUAUAUCGAGAUUGCUGAUACUUUAGCGUAUGGCGUUCAGCAGCCUUUAGCUGUUCAUGGACCGACAAUCGUUUCCAAACAUAUGGAAUUUGACGUGCCUAGCUUUUUAAAACCAUUAACAGAUCAAAUCAGAUUUAAAUUUAAAUCAGUUCUUGAGGGUUACUGCUUAAAGGAAGGUGUAAAAGAAAAUGAUAAAAAGAUAGAAGAUCUCGGAAAAUCAUUAUGGAUUGGGUGUUGUUUGUCUGCGUUUAAAGAUAAUGUGGAACUAGCUGAUCAAAAAGAGCAAAUGCUAGAGUAUAUUAAACAGUUUAUUUUUUAA